UUCUCCGCGGUCAUUCGGUAUGAUUUCCGAACUGAUGGGUCGGUGUUAGGACACUCCGCGCUUCCGUAGUUGCCCCAAGUCAAGAUGGCUGCCUCCGGUGCUUGCAUUAAAGGAGCAGAAUUAUCCAAAGCGGAGUACCUAAAACGCUAUUUGUCCAACGAUGAUGACGCCAAAAAAUCUAAGGGGAAACUUAAAAAGAAGCAUCGUAAAGUUCCAGGAAAAGGACUUAAAAUAGUCGAUGAUGAUAUAGAUUGGAGACAGAUGGUGGCAGAAGAAAAUGAGGUUGAAGAGGACGACGAGGAAGCGCCCGUGAUCGCUGAAGUGAUUGACGAGCGCCCCGAUGAUGUGAGAAUGCUGGAAGCCUUCAGAAGCAGCUCCAGGUGGAAAGUCAUUGGAGAAGACGAAAAUGAAGAGGAGGACAUCCAGUCAGAAGAUUUAGCCAAGCAAUCGUCGGGCAGAAAAACCCGACACGACUCACCAGACGCUUCCCCUCCAAGGAGAGCUCGCCACGAUUCUUCCGAUAUUUCACCACCCAGGAAGAAACGCCACAAUUCACCUGACAUUUCACCUCCCAGGAGGAAACGCCACGAUUCUCCCGACAUGUCGCCUCCCAGGCAGCGUUCAAGGAAGUCGGGAAAAGUGCAAAGCACACCUGCCAUCAGACAAGGUUCAGAUUCCGACCAGUCUCCACCGAGGAAGAAACAGCAGAAGGGACGGCGAGAUUCCGACUCAGACCAGUCGCCGCCCAGACGGGGGCAGCGCAGUGGGAAAAUGUCAGAUGACAAUCUGUCGCCCCCUCGCAGGAUGGGACAGACAGAGGGCAGCAGUAUGCUCUCGGGCGGAAAGGCGGGUCUGAUAUCCUCAGAUGUUCUUCGCAAGGAGAAGGAAGAGGCACGACGCAGGGACGGAAACAACCGGGAGCUUGAGAAUGCAUCCCGCCACGCUCAGACAGUGUUUCGAGACAAGAGCGGCAAAAAACGAGAUUUGGAGUCAGAGCGGGAGGAACAGAAAAGGAAAGCUGGAGAAAAGGCUGUAAAGGAUGAGAAAUACGCUCAGUGGGGAAAAGGGCUGGCUCAGGGUCAGAUGCAGCAGCAGCGUCUGGAGGACGCCGUGCACGAGGCCCAGAAGCCGCUAGCGCGGAACUACAACGACGAGGACCUGGACCGCAUGCUGAGGGAGCAGGAGAGGGAGGGAGAUCCCAUGGCGGCCAUGUUACGGCGCAAGAAGGAGCGCAAGACGCACGGGGUUAAAGAAAAACCUCAAUACAGAGGCCCUCUGCCACCUCCCAACAGGUUCAACAUUUUACCAGGUUAUCGCUGGGAUGGCGUUAACAGGUCCAACGGUUUCGAGCAGAAGCGCUACACAAGGAUUGCGGACAAAAAAGCACUUCAGGAGGAAGCUUAUAAGUGGAGUGUGGAGGACAUGUAGACAGAAGACUGUUAGGUUUAACAAAAGAAACAACCUGUACAUAGUUGUCAAGUGAGCAUCAUUCACUGAUGUUGUAAAUAGUUAUUACACAAUGUGGAGCGCAGAUAUUUUUCAAUGUUUUUAUUGAUGAUUAAAUAAUUUGAUUUUUGUAAAGAA